GCCUCCCGGGCACCUCCGCUCCCCCAUAAAGGACUCGGCAGCGGCUCCCCAGCGGGUCCGCCCGCUCCGGGGGCGGCUUUGCCCCCCGCCCCCGCCGCGCCAUUGGCCCCGCCGCCGGCAGCGCUCCGCCCCGCUCCCGGUGAUGCCUCGGCCGAAGUUUUCCGCGGCGGGCUCCGCACGUGGGAGCCCCGCUAGCGCAUCCCCGCCGAGGCGGCUCCCCGCUGCCCCGCAGCAGCCCCGCUGUCCCCCGCGGGGGAUGCCCCCCUGAAGCGCCGCGGUCCCCGCGCCGGGGAUGCGGCAGCGCGCAGCCCCCCGGCCCCGCGGAGCGCAGCGCGGAGGGGCCGCGCCGGGGGGCGGCCGCGGAGCAUGGCCGGGGCGCCCGGCCGCCCUCUCGGGGUAGCAUGGCCGUGAGCGCGGCGGCCGCCCCCGCCGCCGAGCCGCUGCCCCGCAGCAUCUUCAAGAAGUUCCUGGUGAUGCUCUGCUCCCUCCUCAUGUCCCUCUACGUCUUCUACUGCCUGGCUGACCGCUGCCAGACGCUGCCCGGGCCCAUCAUCGCCGCCGGCGCCGCAUCGGAGGAGGACGAGGGCGGCGGCGGCGAGUUCCUGGGCGGCUCGGCCGAGCUGCCCCCCUGGCAGGCGGCGGCGGCGCGGCGCAAGCGGCUCCUGCAGCGGCUGAAGCAGCGGCGGCGGCGGCAGGAGGCGGCGCCGGGCGCGGAGGAGCCGGCCGGGGGCGGCGGGAGCCGGGCGGGCGGCUCGGGCGGCGGGGCGGGCACGGCCGGCACCCUGGCUCUGCUGCUGGGCGAGGGCAGCAAGCGGCUGCCGCAGGCCAUCAUCAUCGGCGUCAAGAAGGGCGGGACGCGGGCGCUGCUGGAGUUCCUGCGGGUGCACCCCGACGUGCGCGCCGUCGGCGCCGAGCCCCACUUCUUCGACCGCAACUACGAGCGGGGACUCGCCUGGUACAGGGAGCUGAUGCCCAGGACCCUGGAGGGGCAGAUCACCAUGGAGAAGACCCCCAGCUACUUCGUCACCAAGGAGGCCCCAGCCCGCAUCUCCUCCAUGUCCAGGGGCACCAAGCUGAUCGUGGUGGUGCGGGACCCCGUGACCAGAGCCAUCUCGGACUACACCCAGACGCUCUCCAAGAAGCCUGACAUCCCCACCUUUGAGAGCCUGACCUUCAAAAACAGGACUACGGGCCUGAUCGACACCUCGUGGAGCGCCAUCCAGAUUGGCAUCUACGCCAAGCACCUGGAGAACUGGCUGCUGCACUUCCCCAUCGGGCAGAUCCUCUUUGUCAGCGGGGAGAGGCUCAUCAGCGAUCCUGCAGGGGAGCUGGGCAGGGUCCAGGACUUUCUGGGCCUCAAGAGGAUCAUCACGGACAAACACUUCUACUUCAACAAAACCAAGGGCUUCCCGUGCCUGAAGAAGGCAGAGGGCAGCAGCAAACCCCACUGUCUGGGCAAGACAAAAGGCAGGACCCACCCUGACAUCGACCAGGAGGUGGUGCAGAGGCUGAGGGACUUCUACCGGCCAUUCAACAUGAAGUUCUACCAGAUGACAGGGCAGGACUUCGGCUGGGACUGAGGCUGAAAGAAAUAAUUUAAGAAAAGGAAAAUAUAAUAUAAUAUAUAUAUUUUUUUUACGUAUCAGUAGAGAGGCGGGGGGAAAUGCGGGGAAAAAAAAAUAAUAGCUGUGCUGAAACACGGUUUGAUCUGAUUUGGUUUUAUUCUUUUUUCUUUUUUUUUAAACUGCUUUGUUUCCUUUCUUCUCUCAGAGAAGAGGUGCUGUGUACAUCCACAAAAGGAGGCUGUGGGCAACAACAGUCUGGUCCUACUGACAUGAGCAGCUUCCCUCAAUGGGCCAAGGUUUAGCUCUGCCUCUGUAAAAAAACACAGGUGCAAAGUUUUUAGCAGUGACAGGGGUGCUUGGGGCAGCUCAGUGUCUUCCUGAAAGUUCAGCCAGGUUUUGGCUUGCAAGAGCCAUUUUGGCCAGACCUCACCACUUUUGACAAUAAAACAAAGGUGGCUUAAUACCUAAUUUGGCUUUCCAAAUGUUACCUUGGGGGAUUUUUUAUUGCAUGAAACAUUUGGUGAAUUUUGCUUCCACUUAUCCAAUUUUUUUGUUUUACUUUUACCCCCCUUAAAUCAAGCUCUUUUCAUCAGCCAAGCUUAUUUUUCCUCUUAAGGAAGCCAAAACCAAUAAUCCUUUGUUUUGUUUUGAGAGAAAAUAAUUUUGGUAGCCAGAAGUGAAAGAACACAAAUGAUUCUUUUGACUUUAUAAUGAAAAUUGCCAGGUAGUCAAAAGGCCUCAUUCACAGCUCUGGCUCUAAACCAGGGCUCCCUAUUGCAUCCCUUUUACUACUCUGACAGCAAAAUGAUUUUCUAAGGGUUUUUUUUCCUAAGGGGGGCCCAUCUGGAGGGAUUUUGGGGAUGGGAAGGAAGGUCCACACUGAGAUGAUGCUGAUGGCACACCCUGAAGGUGCUGGGGGGACCCACCAGGCAUUUUCAGGAAACUUCUUGGUGUCCAGUGGUCAUGGUUUAAGCCAUAAUGAUGAAUGUUUUAAGUUGGGCCAGUCUUAAGUAGACUGGAGGAAGGGUUGGUUGGGAAAAGGUGAGCAAUAAUCAUGUCCAGAAAGAGGAAUGAGAAAACAAUAGUUCUUUCCUAAAGGAGAACGGAGGGGGAAGCUGGAAGGGUGUGAAGGGCUUUAAAAACUGUCAGGCAAAACCUUUACCACGUUUCUUUAGCUGGUGGAAAUGUUUCAGUGACAGGAAUCUGUUAGUGAAGCAGAGUCUUUUAUUCCAUGGGCUCAUUUAUCUGCUGGCUUUUGAUCUUCAGCGUUUCUGAGCUCUGGGGCUACCCAGUUACACCUUGGGGCUGCACAAAGCACAUGGCAGUGCUCCCUCUCCUGAGCCCAGCUCUGAGGAGUGCCUGAAGGGGUAAAACAAACUGUGGGGGGAUCCCCCAGGAAUGGGGUUAGGAAGAAGCCUGGGGAUUGAGUUCACUGGCUCCCUGCAUACCAGCAAAAAUGUUAAUAAAAUCCCAGAAGAGCAGAGAUUUCAGAGUCCAAAGAGAAUUGGAUCAGAAGUUACAAUUUCACCUGUGAGGGAGGCAUUUCCACCUUGGCAAGUUAGGAAAAGAGUUUGGUGACCCUCUCAGCCUCAUGGCACUGAGUUCCUCUGCGCGUGCUGAGCCACAGCUUCUCCUGGCUGCCCUAAACCACCUUCCUACUCAGCCCUACACGCCUCCUUCUGUCCCCAAAGAUGCUGAGUCCUGGAACCUUCCCAUCCCCUGAAGACACAAGCCCACAGGGUUUUGCAUGCCAGGCCCUUUUCCCAAGGGAAUGAAAAUAGCUUUAUUCAGCUCGUGAAGCCCCCGGAGCUUCUCCCACAGCUGGCACUGCAAGGCUCUACCUGAGCCCAGGUCCCCAUGCCCCAGCUGGCAGGGAAGUGGUGAUGGGCUGGUGGCACCAAAGCCAGGCUCUGCUCAGCCCUCUGCCCUGGUGUGGCACAGCUCAGUGCCGUGUUCACUCCCUCCACUGGUGCUUUCACCUCCUCCCACAUUUAUGUCUCAUUUUAAGGCCUUUUUUGGCAAUGUGCCAUGCCACAUCUGCAUAAACACUUCACCUUACAGCAGAAAGGAGGAUGAGGCACCACACAGACUCCCAACAUCCCUUCUCCUGCCUGCCUCCCUUCAGCCCCUCAAAAUCCAGGCAAGACAUGACCUGAGAAGGUCAGAGAUGGUCACAGAGCUCUGGCUCCACGGGACCACGGACCCUCCCAGCAUCUGCAGUUCAAACCAGAAGCUGGGAGAACCUUGGGCUCUUGGUAAUGGGGUCACAUUAUCCUCCCCAGUGUGACACUGGAGGUGAGGGGAGCAAUCUGCCUGUGCUGCUCAGAAUGGGCAUGAGGUGUAGCCAAAAGGAAGGAGGAAGUUUUUCGCAGAGAGUGGUCAAAUACUGGAAUCAUCUGCCCAGGGAGGUGGUGGAGUCACCAUCCCUGGAUGUGUUUAAAAAAAGACUCUAUGUGGCACUGGGUGCCAUGAUCUAGUUGAGGUGUUAGAACAUGGGUUGGACUCGAUGAUCUUAAAGGUCUCUUCCAACCUAGAAAUUCUCUGAUUCUGUGAUUCUGUGAAAAGGAUGGUGGGUAAUUAUUGGGACAAAUAUUCUAAGAGCAAAGUUUUGGGGGCAGGAAGGGGGGAUGGACAGUUCCCCAUGCUGUGCUCUUUCAUUCAAAUGGAAAAACCAAGGUGGUAGUGAGGAUGAGGCAUCAGUCACUCACAGGCAUAACCAAACGUUGCCAGCACCAGCAGGGCACAAAGUCUGAGGUCUUCCUGAAAAGAAGAUUCUAGCAUGCCAUUUCUUUGGUAUUUAAGGAGAAUGAAGGUUGGGAUAAUACAGACAUGCCUUUGACAAGUUCUUGUGGUUUAAGCCCAGCUGGGAUCUCAGCCCCACUCACUCACUCCACAGGUGAGAUGGGGAGAGAAUUGGAAGAGUAAAUCUAAGGAAACCUGUGGGUUGGGAUAAAGACAAUUUAAUAGGUAAAACAAAACUACACACACAAGCAGAGCAAACCAAGAAAUUAAUUCCAGGCUUCCCAUGGGUGCUCACAUGCUCAUCCCCAGGACGGCAGGGCUCCCUCACGUUUGGAAUGGCGACUCGAGAAGACGAACACCAUCACUCAAAAAAUUUCCUGCUUCCUUCUUUUCCCAUUUUUAUAUGCUAAGCAUGAUGCCGUAUGGUCUGGAAUAUCCCUUGCAGCCAGCAGGGUCAGCUGUCCUGGCUGUGUCCCCUCCCAGCUCCCUGUGCACCCCCAGCCUCCUCACUGUAGGAGCAGGAAAAGCCUUGAUGCUGUGUAAGAACUGCUCAGCCCCAGUGAAAAAACAUCCCUGGGUUAUCAGCGCUGUUCCUAGCACAAAUCCAAACCACAGUCCUGUGAACAAAAUGAACCCUACCCCAGCCAAAACCGGCAGACAAAUAUAAACAUCACUUACGAGGAUGAUGCUUUAAAAAAUCAAUAUAGUUAUAUUGCUAUUUUCUCCCACACAGUCAGAUUUGCACUACCAUAAAGCAGCUUUAUAGGGCCACAGACUGGUCUCCCCAUAUUGCACAAGCUGCAGCAAUACCAAGCAUUUUUUACAGCUGAGUGUCUGCACCUGCCACCAAAUCCCUGCCAUUAAAUCAGAAGAGCCUUGAUAUGUACACAAGCCCAUCAAAUGUGCCUUUAAAAACUCUUCCCAGCACAUCAAGCUCAGCCACUUAGGAAUACUUUCCCCUAAAUGCUUCAGUGUUUUACUCCCCCUCAUUUCCAGGGGUUUGAAUACCUUGUUGCACACCUUGUAAAGCUAUUUAGGGAUCUGGGGCUGUGAUUGAUUGGUUUUGAUCUGGGCCAUAAGUAGUUUUGAAAAUCCCUUCACAUAUGAACAAUGGCUUUUAAAAAGAGGUCAUGCAACCAAAUUGCUUUGAACUCUAAUAGCAUUUAAGCCUCUAAACUCUUUAGGCUUAUUUGAAAAUCCAGCCAUGAAGUUUAGAUUAUUUUAACCUAAGAAGAAUUGAAGGUAAACUAUUGAAAACCACAUCCCUCCUGGGCCUGCAGGGCUGAGCACGUGUAUUGGAGGGGAAAUCAAAAGUAGCUAUAAAUAAAAAGUGUUUUUCUUAAAAAAAAAAAAAGGAAAAAAGGCGGAAAAAUAUAAACGUUAACGAUGAGAAAAUAAUUAGGUUAUUAAAUGCUUCUGGUCUCAAUAAUCAAAUCUGCCAUUAGGCAUUGAUGAAGCUCAGGCUCAUAUGUGAAGCAACAUUUGGAUUUUAGAACAAAUCCAAAUUUUGGAUUUGUUUUAAGAAGAGAAAAAAAAAACCCAUCCGCACCAAUCUACAAGGCAUCCUAUAAGCAUCAAGUGGCAAAUUGAUGGUAAGAGGUUUUGUACAAUGAGGGUGGUGAGGCCUGGGUUGCUCAGGUGGUGGAUUCCCCAUCCCUGGACGUGUCCAAGGCCAGACUGGACUUGCAGCAUCCUGGGAUGGUGGAAGGUGUCCCUGGAAUGAGAUCAGCUUUGUGGUCCCUUCCAAUCCAAACCAUCCCAUGGCUCCAUGAUCUUUGAGGGGACAGACACAGCCACAGAUGGCACCACAGCUCUCCUGCACUGAGACCACAGGAGUGUGGGCCUGGGUGUGCUGAGCACCAGGAUUGCCCCAAAAUCUUCAAAAAUCAUAUUUUCCCCCCACUGCUGUUGAGAUGCUUUGGCACAGGCUCGUGGAGCCCAGUUCAUUGCAGGUGAGAUCUCCCUUUAACCCACCAGCCACAGCUUUCAGCCACACCUGGAGGGUGGGGAAGCUCUUUGCUCUCUGUUUCAACUGAAAAAUUCAGAGAAAUGGGGUUUUCUUUACCAGUGCAGUUUGGCAAGGCAAUACCAGGUCUUUCUGCUGCUGUGAAACCCAUCCCUGCCAUUCCUGGGAGGGCAAGGCUGGGGCUGCUGUGCCUGUGGUAUCCUUGGUGCUGAUUUUGAGCCACGGGGAACUUUCUCAGCUGCUGUGGGAGUGCUGCCACUCCAUGAUCUGCACGGUCAAAAGGAGUUUAUACAUCAUGGAGAUCAGUGUGGGAGACUCCUCUGCCUGGUGUCAGGGUGGCCUCUGGGUGCAGCACUAAGGAGUCAAAUUUCCAGCAAUAAUUUGGCCUUUCCUACCCUGCACAGGGUGAUUCUGGCUUGCACUGAUUCUCAGUUCUCCCACAUCCACACUUCACACUUCACAGCAUCAAGUCUCCAGAUGAAGGGGAAAUAUUGCACAUUUUCCUAACCAUUAAAACAUUCCUUGAUUGUAUGCAGCAGUUUCUGGGUUUUCUCUCCUCCCUCCUCUUCACUUGGUGAUACUGUCAUCCUUCUCCCUUUGGUGCUAUUUCAGUAUGGAAAAAAAAUAUUUUAAUUUAAUUUAAGAAUGAAAAAGCACACAUUUAAUAAAGUUUACGGGUACUGAGAGGCUGUGCUCUCUUUUUGCUGGUGGCAGCAACCUGGAAAGAGGGGGCAGGUUUAUGAAAAAAGGUGGGAAACCACAAAAUUACCCAUUUGUGUCUGAUUUUGGUCUCCUAAAUCUGACUCACUCCAUGGCUCUGCCUUCUGUGAGCU